AUGGAAAGCAGUACCGCACUGUCCCUCUUUUCAAAAUGCCCAGAUCAAAACCGAAUUAUAUCAGAAGAGGAAACCCUGAGAAUUGUAUUGGAAGAAAUAUUUAGAAAUGCAGAUUCUACACAGGAAAAAACACCCACUUUGUUAAGGGCAGUCCAAGAAAUUUUAAAGAAGGUGUAUCUAAAGGUAACAGAAGACAUAGACCAUUGGCCUUCAGUUAAUGAUCUCUCUCGCUUUACAUCUGAUUGUAAAAUUAAAACAGCAGCACGAAAUAAAGCUUUGCAGUCACAUGUAAGUAGUGUUGCAAAUGACAUAGUUGAAAAGGUUUUUAGAAAAAUGUUCUCAGUGGUUGUGACAGCCUUAUACGGAAAUACUGAGACAAGGAGAGAAUCAGAAGCAUCCGGCAACUUUGUUUUGCUGAAUCUAGAAGAGAAGUCAUCCCCUAAAGAUUGGUCUGAUGAAAUGCAAUCUCUGAGACCCUGCGGUUCUAAAACUAGCCCUAAGGGCAGCCCUAGGCUGGGUUUUAGAAAGAGUUUUAAAGCAAAGUCAAAGGUUACCUCUUUACCUAAAUUUAGAAUGAAACCUCAGUCAGGACAGGGUGAUGUUAAGGCCAAAAGGAAGACCAAGGUAGGUCCUGGAGAGAAGACUCUGAGAGGCAGACAGUCCAAGACUGCCAUGGAACUGCAACGCCCACUAUCAACAGACGAUACUAAAAAUUCCACACUAAGAAUAAAACUCCCCACUGCAGAAAUGAUAAAGUAUGCAAAGGAUAUAGUUUGUAUGAUUUUGGAAACUAUUCUAAGUGAGUUUGAGAAAGGGAAGCAAAAUAGAGCAGGAGUACAUGCAAAAGCUUUUUCUGACCAACUCAUGACAGCAAGGGAAAUAGUUAAUACAGUUUUGAAAGGAUUGUAUGCUAGCAAGGACAAUUUGGCUGACCCAAUGAAAGGCUCCCAUUCAGAUAACCUCAGAUAUUCACAGGAUUUAAGUACACUCUGUCUUGCAAAUCCAAAAGCACAUUUUUCUUUAGAGAAUGUUUAUUCUCAACUAGAGAAAAAUUUUCCCAAAGAAGGUAUUUUAAAACAAAUGUUUGAUAAAUGGCAAAUAGAAUCACCUGACAUAGAAAAUGAACAAUACAAGCUAACGAUGGUAGCUGAGACUGCUUUGAAUGAAAUUUUAAUAAAAGCGAAAGAACUAGAGUACUCUGUUUCACUCUUAAAUUUGUCACUUCCUGAGUCUUGUGAAAGUAGGGGCCAUCAUAAUUUUCAAAGAUAUUCUAGUAGAGUUGCAAAUUCCCAAAUGCAAAUUUGUCUGUUUGGCCAGGAAGUAGUUGAAAUCCUUUCCAAAAAAUUAGAGUUUUUCUUCUUGACUCAGAAGUUCACAGUAGAUUAUAAAGAAAUUCAAGUGAACAAAAAACCAGCUCUAGUAGCAACAAACAACAAUGCACCAACCUAUAACACAAAGUUAAAAGAUAAAAUUUGUUUGGGCUCUAGCCACCGAAUUGCUCAAGAGAUCGUUGAGGGAGUUCUGAACACCUUAGAGACAUUUGUAGACCUACAGUUUAACUAUGUGUCUACUUUUUCUGAAAUUGUGAGAAUGCCUAUUGAAAACUUUUCUGCUAUCCAGCAUAAAACAGCACUACGAAAUAUAUUGCCAAAGUUACAACCUCUGAAUAAAUUUCCUGAUGAAUCUAAAUCAAGUACUAUGAUUUCCCAGGAAAACAUAGAGGAUUGCCUCCAGCAGCUGUAUUCAUUCCAUUCAGAAUUGCUUACUUACGCUACUAAUGCUGUCAAUGACAUGCUUGGUAUAAUUAAGAACAAGCUAGACCAAGAAAAAUGCCAAGUGGAACCAUCUUUGAUUAGCAUAGUUGGAGAAAACACUGUACCAAGUCAGAUCAUCAAGACACUUAUAGAACAGUGUACUCAUUUCUAUGAAUCAUUGAUCAAAAGCCAUUCAAAAGAAAAUCCACUCCCAAGAGCUGAAAAUACCCAUGUUGUUAAUUGGGCCAGAUUUCCAUUUCCAAAUAGGAUGGAAGUGCCCUUCUCAAAGUUAAGGAGCUUUAGCUGCCAGGCAGAUCUUUCACAAAUCCCUGGCUUGAUGUUUUAUUCAGAAGAGAGUAUGAAAAUAAAGGACAGGUCUUCAAAUCUGCCUUCCUCUGUCAGAUACUCUGCAGGAGAUACAUCUAAAACCACAGAGCCAGUGGAAGAGCUUGAAUCACAACUUAAACCAUCAUAUUCUAGAAUUGAAAUCCAACACCUCAGCCAUUUUGAUCAAGCCAUGAAAGGAAACAGCCCACUCACUAAAGACAGUGUUUUACAAAAACUGUUCCAGAAAGCCAGUGCGUCAGCACAAGAGCAUGCCUGGUCCUUCAGAGAAAUAGAAGACGGUGAAAAUCAAAGAGUGUUUCACCUAAAUCAAAGACAGACAACCAUUUCUCCACUGAAAAUAUGUCCAGCUGUACAAAAUAUCAGUACCAUGCCAUUGAGUUAUGGCCUUCCCAGCUCACCACCUCACACUUCCAGUGAAAGUAUGAAAACAAUUAAGCCAGUUUUUUUAUUAAAGGGAAAAGCUUCAUCCAUGGUACCUGAAGAACUAAAGGAUAAGAGAAGCUUGCUUAAAAUAUGGGAAAGAAGAAUCAGUUAUGAAAGUGAAAAAGAAACCAAAAACCUUGAAGCAAACAGAGAUUUUACUUUACUAGAAAAGUGGAACGUUAAGUCCCCAAGGAUAGAGAAAACUGCAACUUUUGAAGAUAUUGAAGUCAUUGCUGUUAUGAAUCAGGAACUGGAAUUAGAUGAAAUCCACCAAAUAGCAAGAUACGUUACUACAGAUGUGUUCACACAUUUCAAGAGCUUUGAAAUCAGAGGUCCUUAUGAUGAAAAAGCAUCUAUUGCCUCCACAUUCUUAAGGAAGAAAUACAAAUCAAAACAACUUCUGAGAAGCAGAAACUUUGAUUUUUCACUUAAUCAAUUAUGUGAACAUCUCAGUGAAUUAGUUAUUUCCUGUAUAAUUUUAAGACUUUCUCAUUAUUCUGGGGAAACAAUACAGAAAGCACUGGAAAUCCAAGAAGCAGCUUUUAACAACGUUAUUUUACUUCAUUUUGAAAUGUUUGAGAGUCGGUCAAUUUCUAUCAGAGAACUUGCUUUAAGCAUUUCUGAAAUCAUUAUUCGAAUUCUUCUUAACAAUGACAUUUUAAAGGCAAACAUUGCACAACAAAUGGUUGCUAUAGAAACAAAAUACAUUUACUGCCCCAGAGUGGCUGUGACUAAGUUGGACGAUCUCUUUCAAGAUCUCCUGCUAGGAGUUAUUCAUGUUCUGUCCAGAAAAAUAGGAAUAAAUCAUCAGCCUAACAGCAAAAGAAGAAAUCAAUCACUUACAAUCCAUAAUUUGGCCAAUCACAACGAAACCAAAAUUAGGAAAAGACACGCAGACUGCAGAAACUGGAAUUCAAUUCCUAGUCCCCGAAUUGAUCAACUCAUACAUAAAAAUAAACCAAAUUACCUAGCAUGUAAAUUAGGCCCCCUGGUUGGUCAUCUACCAUUUCUUGAGUCCGAAGAAGCAGUUAAUAAAAUCUUUAAUAUUGUUUCAGAUUUGUUUUUGCCGGAUGAACACCCACGUUUGGGUAUGUAUUCUGAUAGGACAGCAGUAGAAAUUUUCCCAUCUGCAAGUCACCAGCAGAGUUGGAGUGUACCUAGAAAGAACCAGGGGCUGUCCUCCAAAUCAGUUUUUCUUCUGCAUGUCAUGUAUGAAAAACUUAGUAAAAUGCUUUCAGAAGAAAACACAGCCAAUACCUCCCUUGCAGAUGACCCUUUCUCUGAUGAAGUAUCAACAGAAUGCCAACUGUUCAACAUACUUGAAAACAUAAAGGAUGAAGAAUUUGGUUAUUAUAGAACAAUGGAUACUGACCCAGCAUUUGAAGGAUAUGAUAAGUCAGACCUUUUGGAAAUUACAGAAGGAACAGAUCAAGAGUCUAUGCUUAGUAUUAUGUCUCAUAGCUUGGUAAAGUCCUUAAUGCAACAACUGUCACACAGAGUACAGCAACCCCCCCGAAAUCUACCUUUUAUAAACCAGCAUUUAACACAUAAGACAAAAGAAAGACUUUAUGGUAUCCCCAAAGCAAAAAGGCCAGAAUUAAAAGAAUCAAGACAAGAUAAAGGCUCUGUGAGAUCCAUGAAUUAUGACAGCAAACCUUUGACGGAGGCAUUGAAUAAUCUCAGUGCUCUUUGUUCCAAAUCACAAGCUCCACAUGGGAAGAAAAGUACAACAUUUUCUUUUCUUCCUCCCCUUCUAGGACCAAAAAAAGGGGUAAUGAAUAUACCAUCUAUUCAUAACAAACAACAUCUAGGAGGCUUGAGCACAAGAGUUUAUUCUGCCACAUUUUUGGAGGAAAUAAUUGCAGGCAUUUUUUUGAAUCUCUGUACUUCAUUGCAGACCAAAUGUGUUAAUAUCACUGAGUCUCAGCUCAAUGAGAUGGCUGUAUUAGGUGUUAACUCUGUGGUGGAUGAAUUUAACAAUGUUCGAGUCUCUGUUUUACGGGAUAUAGAACAGAUAUAUUUCCCACCAGUCUGUAAAGAAACUGUUAGUAAAAUUGUUGACUCAGUUUGUAAUGAUGUUGUAUGGGAUUAUGAAUCAAAACUUAUCUACAGUACUCAUCUGGCACAUGCUAUCGCCUCAGUAGCAGACCAGAUCACUAAUAGCAUAUUGAUAGAGAUUUCAGACUACCAACUCCCAUUGUGCUUUGUGGGGAGGCUCAAAUCUAAUUCAUAUCAUCCUCUGAAUGCUGAGAAUAUACUAGAGAAGUUUCAAAAUAACUUAAGAGAACUUAAUUCCCAGGGUCAACAUUCAACAGGCUAUGCCACCAUGUUAUCGCACUCAUUUUUAGAAGAUGUCGUCAGAGGACUGUUGUAUCAGCUCAUUCCUUUACCUGGUGAGUCAUCAAGCUUAGGAAAGGGCUGUUUAAUGACUUCAGAUUUUAGUGAGAUAUCCACCUGUAUAAUUAAAAAAGUUAUGUUAGCCAUUUCAAAGCAUAAGAUUUGGCUCACUAAAUAUGAUCACCAACAUCUAUAUACAGAAAAAACUCUCCAAAAUAUGGUGGAGUCUAUUUAUGAUAAUAUUUUACAGAUGUCUGAUUCCCUUGUGUCAAUACAGAAAAAUAUAGUAAGUCAAAGCCCAAUUAUAGUCGAUCAAAUGGCCUGUCUUAUUAUUCAGGAGAUUAUCGAAACUCAUCUUCAACCCUUUUUGCAUGGUGAAGGUUUACCUCAUUCAAAAGCUCCAUUGGAUGAAAUAUCAAAUAUGAUUAAAGAUGGCGAAGAGUCACACACAUCCCAGAAAACUCCAUCCUCAUUAGGUGUGGGUUUUUAUCCUAACGCAUUUGUGGAAGAAAUUAUCACCAGGCUUUUAUCAAAGGUCUUUGAUGCAAACUAUAACACUGAGCAUGAACUGGAUACAAUGACCCAAAAAAUCGUAAACUCAAUAAAUAAUCAUUUCAAUGAAGCUAAAAUCUGCAUUCUUUGUGGUGACCAAGAACAGUCUUUACCCACUGUCGAUGCAGACACUGUGGAUGAACUUGUCAAUUCAGUUUACAAGAAUGUUCUGGAACAAUAUGGGCUAGACCAUGAAGCUGAUAAUGAUGAGCUUAGAGACAGUGAUAGUUUUGUGGAAAACAUUAGCAAUUUAAUUGUGGCAGCUAUUUCCGAUUAUCUUGUUUACCCACUGUUUUCUGGAGAUUUGUCAGCUUCUUCUUAUGCUACGUUAACAGCAGAGAAUAUUGUGCAAAACAUCUCCAGUGGCCUCAGUAAAUCCACCAAGUCACACCAGCAUUUAUCUCCAUAUAACACCUUACUGCCAUACACAGUUUUAGAAAAUAUAAUUGAAGCACUGUUGACUAGAGUCUUUCCUUAUGCAUCUAGUAUGCUUCUGUGCAGUGAUAUUCCAGAAGACGGAUUAGGAAUUAAUUUUGAUGAAUUAUCUUCAAAACUAAUCAGUGAUAUUAGGAUGAAAAUUUUCCAACAUGAAAUUCGAUUUUCAAAAGAUGAAGAGAAAACCAACUCUGUUUAUUCUGAGGAUGAUGCUCAGCAUCUAGUUGAUUCAGUACUCAGAAAUAUUUUGCAAAACUGUGGAUCUCAAGAAACCGUUGAGCAUGACAUCACAAGCAGUAACAGUGUUCUUAUUGAUAGAAUAGCAGGCUUUAUCAUUAAAAUUAUCUUCCAACAACAUCUUCAUCCAUUUGUUUAUGGAAAUUUGUUGCCUUCGCCAGAUACAUACUUUCAUGACACAAGAAGGCAACAGUUUUUUGCUAGUGUUUACUCCUCAGCUUUUUUGGAAGAUGUGAUCUUCGGAGUUUUGAGCAAAAUAUUUGAAAGGCUUUUAGAAAUCACACAAGCAAAAUCAAUAAAAGAUUCAGAAAGAGAACUUUUUAAAACAGCUGAAGAACUCAUAUAUUUGAUAACAGAUGAAUUCUCAAGAGCUCAAAUUUGCGUCCUAGAAAAUGCUGAGGAACAGCUGUGUUUGCCACCAAUAGAGAGAGAUGUAAUCAUUAAAAUUAUUGACAUGGUGUAUAGCAAAGUAUUUCAAAAAUUUCAACUAGAAUUUUCUAAUGAAGGUUUUCUCCAUGAUACAAAGACAUUGGCUGAGAAGGUCACUAAAAUUAUCCUAGCUGACAUUUUUUAUUGGCAAAUUCAUCCAGAUCUCAUAGCAAAGAUUCUUUUUCAAUUAUAUGCAAAACUCAAUGCUGACGCUUUGAUAAAAAGAGUUCAUUAUGAUAUUAGUAAAUCAAGACUCCAAAGACAGACGUGUACAAAAUAUACCACUGUAUUUACACAUACACACUUGGAAAAAAUAGUCACUCAGAUUUUAUCUCAGGUAAACCCAUUGGACUUCAGCGAAGAAGACACAGAACUUUGGCAAUCAGACUUCAGUAGCACAGUCAUGAAGCUGAUUGAUGAAAUCAUGUCAAUCAUUUCUAAACAUGCAAUAUGCAUUACUAAACACAAAAGUGAUGAACAAAGUGGGGUUUCAGAAAAAGCUAUUCAGGCUAUGGUUGAUGCAAUUUAUGCUGAUAUUUGUCAUUCAGAGCUGUACCAAUCUCUAACAAGAGACAGAAAUGGAAUAAGUAGUAUGCCUGUUGCAAAAAUAGCAAGUUAUAUAAUAAAAGAAAUAUUUAACCAUCAUCUACAGUCAUUUUUAUCAGAAGAUAAAACUUUUCCUCCAGGUACAGCUGAUCAAGCUUACAAACCCAGAGCGAGAGAUCCUGGACAAAGAGAAUUGUCUUUCAUUGUGAAUUCGGCCGUCUUUUUGGAGGAAGUAAUUUCUGAGCUUUUGUGCAAAAUCUUCUAUGUAUUCUCGCAUAAUAUCUUAGACUCUGAAAACCCAUGUAAAGCAAAAGCCAAAAUUACUGAUACUGUAACAACAGUAGUAAAAUCAAUUGUGCUGGAGUUCACCAAGUCACAAAUUUUAGUUGCAGAUAACUUGGACAAAAAACUGUAUUUUUCAGAAGGAUAUGAAGAAAUGGUUAAAAAAAUUGUCAUCUUAAUUUACGAAAAAAUAUUAGAAGAAUAUAAGUCUCUGAUUCAUACUUAUAGGGCAAUACAAAGUGAUGCCAUUGGCUUUGGGAAGAAAAUAUAUUAUUUGCUGUUAGGUGAAAUUUAUGAUUAUCAGGUGGAGUCAUUAGUUUCAGGAGAAUUAAUAACAUCCUAUUCCUCUCUCCAAGAAGAGACAAUCAUCAGAAAUAUACUUGAUACCAUCUAUUGUAAAGCAAAAGCCAAAAUUACUGAUACUGUAACAACAGUAGUAAAAUCAAUUGUGCUGGAGUUCACCAAGUCACAAAUUUUAGUUGCAGAUAACUUGGACAAAAAACUGUAUUUUUCAGAAGGAUAUGAAGAAAUGGUUAAAAAAAUUGUCAUCUUAAUUUACGAAAAAAUAUUAGAAGAAUAUAAGUCUCUGAUUCAUACUUAUAGGGCAAUACAAAGUGAUGCCAUUGGCUUUGGGAAGAAAAUAUAUUAUUUGCUGUUAGGUGAAAUUUAUGAUUAUCAGGUGGAGUCAUUAGUUUCAGGAGAAUUAAUAACAUCCUAUUCCUCUCUCCAAGAAGAGACAAUCAUCAGAAAUAUACUUGAUACCAUCUAUGACGACAGCCACAGCAUGCCAUCAUGCAUUACAGUAUUGCCUUAUUCCCUUUUAGAAGAUAUUAUCUAUAAGCUUCUAGCAUAUAUCUCCCCUUCGUCUGAGACAGCAACUGAGCUAAAAGAGGAAGAGGUGCCACUAAACUAUGAAUUUGUGAAUGCAGCUUCAAAACUGAUUGAUGAAAUUAUAACAGAAAUUUCUGAACAUGAAAUUAGACUUGCCACCACUGAAGAGCAUGCAGAAAGUAUGCAAUCAGAGGCGAUCGAGAGCCUUAUUGACUCUGUAUGUAACAAUAUUACGAAAAAUAAGAAAUUCCAGGCUGAAGCACCAAAAGAUGUGUACAAAAAAGGAGACUCAUUGCUCAGGAGAAUAGCUGGUUUCAUUAUGAAGGAAAUUAUGGAUCACCAUUUGCGGCCAUUUUUAUGUGAUGAAGAAUCCUCUUCCAAAUACCUAUCUGAAAAAGACCAGGCCACUGAACUCUCAAUUCCUGCUAAAGAAAAAACAGUAUCUUUACCACAGGCUUCUGUGUAUUCCGCCACAUUUUUAGAAGAUGUCCUCAUUGAUCUUGUCCGCAAGUUUUGUACUCUCCCAAGUGUCACUGAAAAUCGUAAGGACAAAGAACUAUCAGAACAAGACCUUAUAGGCAUAGCUAUAAAUUUUGCAAAUGCCUUGAUAGAGGAAUUUAGGGAAAAUGAAAUUAAAGUUUUAGCACACGCUGAAGAAACAUUUUCUUUGCCACCAGUAAAUGAAGAGAUAGUUGGUAAGAUAUCUGAUUCUGUGUAUGCCGAGGUCAUGGAAAUAUAUGGAUCUGGAAAUGUUCAGAAAAGCGAUAGGAGUAGCUUUGUUACAAACACGAUUGCUGCUCUAGUCAAGAAGGCCAUGUCUGCUUUCAGCAUUCAACCACUUUUUUCAGGAGAUUGGUCUUCUACCUUUUUUUCGUUUUAA